GUCCAUGAAAGUAGUGUGACGUUGCAGUCCAAAAGUUGGUGCAUCUCUCCUGUUAUUUUUCUCCACAAGGAGGCAGCUAAAACUGGAAGCCUGGGGCAUUAUUGGAUUUGAACCCUUGUGAAAAAUUUUCGUGCAGCGGGAAUGCAAGCUAAAACUUCUCAGGCACAUUCACCGGCUCAAUUUUUUCAGCAGCGAAACGGGGCUUCACUUGGUUCUGUUUAAUACCAAUUUCAAUUUCUUUGCAGUUGAAAAAAAAUCUGGUUUAGGGCUUCUUCUGGUGGCGUUAUACUUUCCAUCCUUUUGAUAAUGCAAUAUGUGCUAACCUUGAAGAUGAGUAGCUCUCACAAGGACCCAAAUGACUGUUUGGCAACAGUCAGUAGUGGAGCAGAUACACCAUUCGAUUUUUUAUGCGAUUUUUAUGAUGGAGUCAUAGCUGGUGGAGCUGCUGGUGUUUUUGUAGAAGCAGCUUUAUACCCAAUUGACACAAUAAAAACUCGAUUACAGGUUGCCCAUGCUGGAGGGAAAAUUGUGUUAAAGGGUCUAUAUUCGGGAUUGGCUGGAAACCUUGCUGGUGUCUUACCGGCUUCUGCCAUAUUUGUUGGUGUAUAUGAACCUACGAAGCAGAAACUGCUGAAGGCAUUGCCAGAAAACCUUAGUGCUUUAGCUCAUUUGACUGCAGGUGCUAUUGCAGGUGCUGCUUCUUCUGUUGUACGAGUUCCAACAGAGGUUGUCAAGCAACGCAUGCAAACUGCACAAUUUUCUUCAGCCCCAGAUGCUGUCCGUCUUAUUCUUGCUAAGGAGGGGUUCAAAGGUCUUUACGCGGGGUAUGGAUCGUUUCUAUUGCGAGAUUUACCAUUUGAUGCUGUUCAGUUUUGCAUCUACGAGCAGCUUCGAAUAGGAUUUAAACUAGCGGCACGAAGAGAUCUGAAUGAUCCUGAGGUUGCUAUGAUUGGUGCUUUUGCUGGUGCAGUAACUGGAGCUAUAACUACUCCUCUUGAUGUGAUUAAGACGAGAUUAAUGGUUCAGGGAUCAGAAAACCAGUACCGAGGAAUUUAUGAUUGUGUUAGGACCAUAAUGAGAGACGAGGGAAGUCCUGCUCUUUGGAAGGGUAUUGGGCCACGAGUCUUGUGGAUAGGUAUUGGAGGUUCCAUUUUCUUUGGUGUUCUUGAAAGGACAAAGCAAAUACUUGAGGAAAGGCGUAGGGAUCUGGAGUUGAACUCUUCCAAGCGGAACUGACUGUAGCAGAUUCAGUACUGAGUCAUCGUAUUCGUCUGCAAUCCUUAAUUUAAUAAGAUUUUGAUCUUCAGGUUACUACUAUAUGUAUGAAGUUAUAUGCAUAAAUGUUGAACUAAUUAGUUUAAUUUAAAGAAACUAACGGCUGGAUUCACAUUGUUUUUCCUAUAGAGCCUGAGUUGAUGAGCUGAUGCUUUGUAACACGACUGAUAAUUAAUUAUCAAAACUACAUUGUAGUUUGAUGCUCAUCUUGCUUUUCUUAAGAAACAGAUCUAUUACAGUUGAUGGUUAGAAUUAA